GCAGGGAGCGGGGCUGGGAGUUGGGUUUCGUUUCCAGCCCGGGGCCGCUCGGUGCUGGCGGGCGGGGAGGAGACGCCGGGAGCCGGAGUCCGCCCUGGGCAUCGGGCCGCACGGUUGGUUCAAGCAGCCGAGGCCGGGGGGGCCCGUUGGUGCCCGAAGUGGCACUCCACCCCUCUAGAACAUAUAGUCACAGGAUCCACUCUCCGUAACUCUACUGUGAAAUAGAAGACAAGUACUAUCCUAGAAAGCAGCAGGAAGUUCUGAACCAUGGAUAAUCUCAGUAAAUCAAACACCACCUUUGCACUCAACCUAUUCAAAAAGCUGAGUGAAAAUGCCAGUUCACAGAACCUAUUCUUUUCUCCUUUGAGUAUCUCCUCUGCUUUGUCCAUGGUAUUUUUGGGUGCAAAAGGUAACACUGCAGCCCAGAUGGCAAAGAUGCUUUCUCUGGACAAAGUUGAAGAGAUUUACAAUGGAUACCAGUCACUUAUUUCUGAAAUUAACAGACCAGGCACUAAUUAUGUGCUUAGGAUUGCCAACCGGCUCUAUGGGGAAAAGACAUUUAAAUUUCUUCCAGUAAGUCAAACGUUCAGUUUGACUGCCUGCCAGAACUUCUACUAUGCAGAGCUAGAACAACUUGACUUCUCUAGAGCUGCAGAAGAUUCCAGAAAACACAUAAUUCCUGGUAGAAGAAAAACUGAAGGUAAAAUCCAGAAUCUGUUGGCUCAUGGUGUUGUUGAUUCAAUGACCAGACUAGUCUUGGUGAAUGCCAUCUACUAAGGCAACUGGGCAACCCCAUUCAACAAGGAUUGCACACACGAACAGGAAUUUUUAAUGAAUCAGAAUGAGAGCAAACCAGUGCAGAUGAUGUUCAAGGAAGCUAAAUUUAACAUGAGCUACCUAACAGACUUUCAGACCAAAAUCCUUGAUCUCCCUUGUGAUAAUGAGACUAGUAUGAUCAUCCUGCUUCCUGAUGAAAUCCAAGAUAAUUCCACUGGCCUGGAACAGCUGGAAAGAGAACUUACCUAUGAGAAACUUACAGAGUGGAUAAAUCCAGAAAUGAUGGACUAUAGUGAAGUGGAAGUGUUUUUACCCAGAUUUAAGUUGGAGCAAGCUUAUGAUCUGAAGCCUGUUCUGAAGAGCAUGGGAAUGGCUGAUGCAUUUGACAGUGAGAAGGUGGAUUUAUCUGGAAUGUCAGCCAGCAAUGACCUAGUUCUGUCUGAGGUUGUUCACAAGUCCUUUGUGGAGGUAAACGAAGGCACAGAGGCAGCAGCUGCUACUGCAUUAGUGUUCCGUAUGCUUUGUGCACGGAUUGUACCACGGUUCACUGCUGACCAUCCUUUCCUCUUCCUUAUCCGGCACAAAACUGGCAACAUUUUGUUCUAUGGCAGAUUUUGUUCCCCCUAAAAAGAAAAAAUGCAGCCAUUAACAGAGUAGAGUUAUUUCCAUUUUACUAUUUUGGGAUUUUUUUUGCACCCUAAGCAACAGGAUUUGACCAGAUGCUGUACAUUACAUGGUGCAACCCUAAAUACCCUUCUCUCUUGUGCCUGAAAUAGCUUUUUGUAGUCCACUAUUCAAAUUUAGCAACUGUUUUAAAUAACAGAAUCAUUUAAUAUUUAUUCCAAUCCAUAAGACUUAAAAUUGCGUUUGCCAUAGUUCACUGUAAAGCACCCCUUGUAUCCUAUAUACCUUAAUAAAUGCAGGGUUCCUUAACUUUAGUCCAUUUUUAGCCAUAACAUCUUGCUUAAUGCAUCUUUCCAUCUCUGUACAUAUUCCCCUAGAAAUUUGGUUCUCAUACUUGGGGUUUCUUAGCAGCAAGUGGUAAGAUCUCCUGGGGAGAGGAAAAUGAAGAAGACUGACUUCUGACUGACCUCCAAAUGCUUUUUGCAAAUUUCCCUUCUCCCUCUCUCAUUUUCCAGACUGGUUCAUUCUGUGUCUAGCUGUGUCACCAUUUUAAAAAACAAACAAAUAGCUCUUGGCAGCCAUCUAACAGAUUUUUAUGAAUGAUGCUAACACAGCUGUACUCUUGGGGAAAAUUGAGCAAGUACUUAUUCAAGACAAGGAAUGAAGUCAGCUCUACUGAAAUCAGUGGUAAAACUUCUUAUGGCUUCAGUGGGGUCAGAAUUUCACUCUGCAUGGUCUCAUAUGUUAACCUGGGUUACACUAAUAUUAUUAUAUUUGUGAAAUAGGACAGACAUUUGCUUAGACUGAUAAUGCUAAUUGCACAGCCAUAGUGGUCUUAUACAGUGAUUUUGGUCUUGCUCUUUCUCCUCUUUGAACCAACAAUAAAAGAACUGAUG